AUGAUUGAUGCAGCCUGCAAUUAUUUAAAUCCCUAUGCCACAGCUUCGUUGGCUGCCACCUCCUCAUUGGCCCAAUUAACAGAUUUCACAUCGUCAUCGGUGGCCAGCAACAACAGCCUAACGUCCGCCUCCUCCGCAUCCGCAUCAUCCUUAUACAACAGUAAGGCCACAUUGACACCAGCCUCCUCGGUGGCCAGUGCCUCGUCCUCAUCCAACUCGGCGAUUUCCGCAUCCGUGUGCAAUCCAAUGAAAUUGGAAAUGCAAUAUCCGUCACAGCCAUCAUCGACGGGCUCGGCCUCGCCAAAUUCCAGCAUACAAUCGGCCUCGGCAUCAUCGGCCUCAGUGUCGCCCAGCAUUUUCCCCUCACCCGCCCAGUCAUUUGCCUCAAUUUCCUCCAGUCCACCAGCAUCGGCUACCUCGGCCUCACCUCUAUCCGGCUCACAUACAGAUUUGGGUGCGGCUGCAGCAGCCACGGCUGCCUAUUCCUGGAAUACGGCAGCAGCCUAUACAGCGGCAUUGCCAUCAAGGACACAAUUCCCUUAUGCCCAAUAUGCAUCAGAUUAUUAUGGCAAUGUUGGUAUGUCUGCAGCCUCAGCAGCAGCCGGAGCCUGGUUCUCCCAUCAAGACCGUUUGUAUCAACCCUGGUCGGGACAAACCUAUCCCAGCUUCAACUUCGAUGAUAUUGCCUUCCAGACCCAAUUGCAAAGACGUUCGGUGCGUUGUACCUGCCCUAACUGCACCAAUGAAAUGUCCGGAUUGCCACCAAUUGUUGGACCCGAUGAGCGUGGCCGUAAACAACACAUUUGCCACAUUCCCGGCUGUGAACGUUUGUACGGCAAGGCCUCUCAUCUCAAGACCCAUUUACGUUGGCACACCGGCGAAAGGCCAUUCUUGUGCUUGACUUGCGGCAAAAGGUUUUCUCGCUCCGAUGAAUUGCAAAGACACGGUCGUACCCACACCAACUACCGGCCCUAUGCUUGUCCCAUCUGCUCCAAGAAGUUCUCACGUAGCGACCACUUGAGCAAACACAAGAAAACCCAUUUCAAGGAUAAGAAAAGUAAAAAAGCCAUUGCCGCUGAGGCCAAGGAACAAGCGGCCCAGGCCGGCAACACUAACAUUAAGCAGGAAAAAUCUGCUGAAAAUGAAAAAUGUAGUCCUGCCAAAUCGCCGAGUAUGCCGGCGGCAGCCACACCAACUGCUUCGGCAGCCACCACCGUCAAAUCGCCACAAGCUCUGCAACAAAGGCUCAACACAAAUUCCGCUCAGGGUGUAACCCAACUGCAAUUGAAGACCGAACAACCUGAGGCCCCAUCCGCCACAUCUGCUGUGGGUUACAAUCCCUACAGCAAUUUGUAUCAUCAAAGUUCAUCCUUGUUCCAGCCUCAAUUGAGCAGCAGCAGCUACUCGAACAACAGCUCAGCCGCGGGAUUACAACAACAACAAAACACACCGCCAACAUUUGAUCUAUGGAAUCAACAACAACAGCAACAACAACAACAAAUUAAUCAUCAACAGCAACAACAACAAUCACCAGCAAAUUCCUCACCAGCUACCUCAAACCUUGGAAAUCUAAUGAACUCCAAUAACAUGACCCAACAACAGCAACAACAAUCGCAACAACAACAGCAACAUUCCCAACAAUAUCCUCCCCUAACAAUGCAAAAUGAAAGUCAGCUGGCCGAAUAUGGUAUUACCAUGAGCUCAACUUCACCCUCCCAGAACACUGGUGGUCACUUAAGUCAUUCCUCCUCCGCUUCGCAUCAUCACUACCAUCAUCCUGCUGCCCAUAUGCAGCAUCAUAGCUCUACAUAUUCAGGACUAAUUGGACAAAUGAAAUCGGAAUAUCCCAGCUAUGCUGAUUUUUCGGCCAGCUCAUCGGCGGCAUAUGCUGGAGCUGCCAGUUCGGCAUUCCAUCAUCAUCCCCAUAAUCCAUGGGCUGCUGCUGCAGCAUAUCAACAUCCUCAUCAUGCCACUGCCUAA